ACGGUGGGUCGCGCCUCCACGCAGCCAUCAUCGCGGUGGAACUCUCUCCUCCCCAACCCCCACCUUCGCCCAUGGCGGCCGCCUCCACGCCGCCGUCACACUAAACCCCACCCCUAGACCACCACCAGCCCCACUGGCCGCGACAAGCCCGCACUGCCUCCACAGGUCCGGGCAGAUCAGAUGCUAUCCCUCGGCGCCAUCCGCAAGCUCUGCGCCGCCUUCGACGCCGUCGCGCUCACCGUCAUCGCCGCCGGCCUCUCACACCCCCGCAGCCGCCCCUUCUCCGCGCGCGCGCACUCCACGCCGCACGAUUUCCCCACCAUCGCUUCCUGCCGCGCCGCGGUCGUCAGGUCCAAGAACCAGCGCCGCCGGGCCCCCAACGACGCCCCCGCUGCCGCGGAGGACAAGGGGUCCACGGACUCUGAGACGCCGCUGCUCGUCAGGAUCAAGCACGAGCGGGACCCGAAGCGCCUUUACGAGCUGUUCAGGGCCAAUGCGCACAACCGCCUCCUUGUGGAGAACAGGUUCGCCUUCCAGGACGCUGUGGCGCGGCUGUCAGGUGCUCGACGGAAUGACCUCGUGGAGGAGAUCCUCGAGCAGCACAAGGCGUUGCCCCAGGGGAGGCGGGAGGGGUUCGUGGUCAGGAUCAUCGGCCUGUACGGGAAGGCCAGGAUGCCCGAGCACGCGCUGCGGACUUUCCAGGAGAUGGAGAUGUACGGGUGCACAUGCACGAACAAAUCGUUCAAUGCCACGUUGAAGGUACUGAUGCAAGCGCAGCUGUUCGAUGAGGCACUGCAGCUGUUCGAGGAGGGGCCGGGGAAGUAUGGGGUUGAGCUAGAUGACAUUUCAUACAAUACGGUGGUGAAAAUGAUGUGUGACAUGGGGGAACUGCGUGCAGCCUACCGUGUAAUGCAGGAGAUGGAGAAGGAAGGGAUCCAGCCUGAUGUCAUCACAUAUACGACGCUAAUGGCUGCAUUCUAUAAGAAUGGCCAGCGUGAGGUUGGGGAUGGCCUGUGGAACCUCAUGAGGUUGAGAGGAUGCAUGCCAACACUUGCGAGUUACAAUGUAAGGAUUCAGUUCUUGAUUAACAGGAGAAGGGGCUGGCAGGCAAAUGAUUUGGUGCGGAAAAUGUAUGCGGCGGGGAUAAGACCAGAUGAGAUCACAUACAAUUUAGUCAUUAAGGGUUUUUUCAUGAUGCGUGAGCAUGAGAUGGCCAAGACAGUCUUUGGCGCGAUGCAUGGGAGGGGAUGCAAGCCAAAUGGAAAGAUUUACCAGACAAUGGUGCAUUACCUGUGUGAACGAAGGGAGUUUGAUCUGGCAUUCAGGUUGUGUAAAGACAGUAUGGAGAAUAACUGGUUUCCGAGUGUUGAUACUAUUCACCAUCUGCUGAAAGGCCUUAUGUCAAUAUCGAAGGACAGGAACGCAGGAGAGAUAAUGAAAUUGGUUAUGGGGAGAAAAUCUUCGUAUUCGGGUGACGAAGUGAGGGCCUUCCAAGACAUAUUGUCACAUGGGAAGACUGGAAGAUAAAUCCAUUGCUGGAUGGAAAGUUUAGAUGUAAAUCAACCGCAUGUAACUUUGGCAUUCCUUCAAGCUUGUUUGAAAGCUUCAAGGAGAGUACAUCAAAGUGGAUGUUGAUCAAAAUACAGGACCAUAGAGGUUUAGAGGAAUGGGAUUGUUGGGUCACUCGACCAGCGUCAUUACCAGGACCAUUGGAAGCCACGAGGUAGGAGAAAAUGGCAGAAGUUUCCAAAGCCCUACGAAGCUGUUGCUCGGAGCAUUGAAAAGGACAGCAAGCAUAUGGAUCGAUGGCAGCAAAGGAGGUUUCUGCCCUGAUUACCAACAGAUGGAGAACACUGCACGCAGGAGCUUUGUACACGCAGCAUAGCCAGCCACCAGAGCUUUUUAUACCACAGCAUGUAGCAUAGCCAUUUACUGCUAACUGUGUCUAAUUGAAUGUUACACAUACGCUGAUACUUCAGUCAGUAUAUCAACAUGUUCUUGUUACUGCAACUGUAAAUUUACAACAUUGUUAGGGCAUGUACAAUGGUUGAUAAGACUGUCUUAUCUUAGGCAUUCCACGUCAAUUAGAAAAAAAAAGAAAACAUGUUGUACAA